AUGAUACCUGAGUACACCUCAUACGAGGACUACACAGACGACACUUACCUCUUCUGGCCCAUCGGCCAUGGAAAACUGGGAGAUACAUAUACUCCGAGGGUGAACGAAGAUCUUGGGCAUAUCCAUUACUACGGACAGGCUUAUGCGAACGCAGAAGAUUUCCAGACGGCCAAGGAUCACCCGGAGCUUACUCCCUUCGUGAAGAAGGGUCGAAGUCAUUCAAGGAUAGCGUGGUCGCACGCCCAUUUGUAUCUCAUGCUUGAGUAUGCAAGGGGUUACCGAGCAGUGUUGUCAAAGCUCGAAUGGAUCCUUUUUGGGCAACGUCCGAUGAAAUUCGUCGAGGAAGCGCAGGGGGUUGUCCAGCCCCAAUCCCAUCGGUAA